AUGUUCUCUCAACGGAUCCUAGCCCGGCGCCUGCCCCAGCUGGCUUCCCGCCACGCCAUUGUCCCCCGCGCAUCCUUCUCUCAGGUGUCAGCACUCCGUGCUGCUGAGGUUGAGGACCCUCUCCAGAAUGGAAACUACCCCAACCCUCCCCGCGUGAAGCGCGCUCACAGAGACCCCUACGGUGGUUGGUGGGACGCACAAGAGAAGCGAAACUUCGGCGAGCCCGUUCAUGAGGACAACGAAAUCCUCGGUGUUUUCAGUCCCGAGCAAUAUACCCACGUUAGCUCCGGCAAGGGCUUCCUCCACCUCGGCAUGUUCGUCGUCGCCUUCCUCGGUGUGUGCGGUAUUGUCAGCCUCAACUACCCCGACAAGCCCAGCGUUCCCAAGACUUAUGCCGAUGGUCUCGAGAAGGAGUUGGGCGGACCCAAUGCUGCACCGGCCCGCAAGGCUGGCGAGGACAAGUGGUAA